AUGCCCGCGCCCGAUGCGCUGCGCUGCGUCGCGGCUGACCCUGGCUCCCCUGGCAAGGCGCCCGUUGUGCAGGUUGCCGCUGACACGGCUGCGAUAGGCGACGCCCGGUCACUGCCGGCUGACGAGCCGUCGGGCGAGGCGCCGCCGCCCAAGCAGCAGUCAUGUUCUGUGAAGGAGGAGGGCUGCAAGCAGCAGCAGCAGCAGCAGCAGCAGCAGCAGCAGCAGCAGCAGCAGCAGCAGCAGCAGCAGCCAGGCCCCAGAUCCAACUGCCGCCGCAAACCCAAAAUGUCAGCCGAGCCGCAGCUGGAGCCCAGGGCCGCCGUCAUCCAGGCGCUGGGCCGCGAGGAGCGCGCCGCUGCAGACGCCGAGCGGCAGCGGCAGCUGCGGCUGCGCGAGCUGCAGGCGCAGCUGGCUGCGGGGCAGGCGGCGCUCGCAGGGGCGCAUUACCAGGCGGUGCUCGCGCGGCGGCGCUGGCGGAAAGUUGGUCGUGAGGUGCGGGCGUUUGGCGUCUUGCGCAACGCGCGCGAGCGCGCGCUCCUGGAGCGCUGCCUGCGCGCUGUGUGGGCCUGGGCGGCGGCCGGCGCGCUGCGGCGGCACCACCUGUGCGCGCGGUCGGUGACCGUGCUGCGCGAGGCAGCUGCCGGCGCGAAGCACAGGCGGCGCGAGGCGACUGCAGUGCGCAAGGCGUCGCUGUCCCGGCGCGCCCUGCGGGCGUGGCGAUGCUGCGCUGAGCAGUUGGCCAACGAGCGGCUGCUGCAGCAGCUGCGCGCGCAGCACGUCGCGGACGCCCGGCUGGCCCGCGCCCUCGGCGGCAGGGCGCUGUCUGCUUGGCGCGACGCUGCCCGGCUGCAGCGCGCCGCGCGUGCCGAGGCGGCCCGGCACGACGAGGCGUGGGGUAGGGUGGCGGGUGCGCAGGACAUGGGAUGGAGGGUGAGAACCCCGGGUUGA